AUGCCCUCGCUACAUGGCCCAGCCACUAAUGGCAAUACACCUAUUCACUCCUUGGAUCUCCCACAGCUUUACAAGCGUCCAUCAUUCUUAGAGCUCUUACAAGUACUGGAAUUACUAAAGCUUCCACCACCAUCCUGGGACUCACGAUCCAGCAGGUCCCAAGAACCAGAUGAUGCUCAAGGCAUAUCUCGGUAUCUGACUAAAAUCAUCGGAAGCGAGCUCGAUUGGCUGUCCAAAGGGGUAUCUGAAAUGGAAUGGGAACAUCAAUGUGAAACUAUCCACGGGCUUGCUAGCAAAAGACUUGCCGAACGUUGCGGGCGCUCAGCAAUGCCAGAGAUGAUCCGUACUUGGGUCAUCCCAACAUCUGGAACUUCAAGUGACCUCGCUGUUGAACUAUGCGAACCUCCACUCACUGGCGAUAGCGUGGGUCUCAAAACGUGGGGUACUUCAUUUGUGAUGGCUAAAAAGCUCGAAGAGCUAGGAAAGCAAUAUUUUGGACACAUCCUUUUCAAUGGUGUAUUGACAGAGCAAAGUGUUGUAGCUUCACACAGAGGCUCGAUAAUGGAAUGGGAGUCGACAGUGAAAAUUGAGUUGACAAUGGAAAGUGAUGCAACAAUAACAAACAAGACGACAACGAAUGGUAAUGUGACAAUGGGAGGAAACACGAUCAUGGUCAUGGAGUUUAAGGUGGAAAGUAAUGCGAUGUGUCGAGGAGGAUCAACCGGAAACAGCAUUCCCAAGGGAGGGAGAAUAUUAGAACUUGGCUCUGGAACUGGGCUUCUUGGUCUAACAGCUACUAUGCUCUGGAAGAUGCCCACAAUGUUGACUGAUCUUCCUGACAUUGUUCCAAACCUGGAUGCUAACCUCAAGAGAAAUGGUUUUGGUCAGACUUCUGAAACCAAUGCCAACGCAGCAAUCCUAGAUUGGAGCAAUGCAGAACACUCUGUAGUGUUCAGCCAAAAUCCCAAUGAUAAGUUUGAGAUUAUUCUUGUUGCCGAUCCCUUCUAUGAUUCUCAUCAUCCUCAUCUUCUCGCUGGAGUAAUCCCAAAAUUCCUCAAGAACGAUGAAGGCAGUCGCGUGUUGGUGUCAGUACCACUAAGAGAUAGUGCCACAAUCGCGUUGAAGAAUGACUUUGAGGAGCUCAUGGCCACUCAGGGAUACCAGUUACUGGCUAGUGGGAAGGAACCUUGCUUCGAUGACUGGGAGGAAUCAGAACAGGACGAGAGUGAAGGAGUCUAUUGCUGGUGGGGCAUAUGGAAGCAUGCUGUAGCAGCAUCUACUCCUAUAUGCCUUUGA